UAAAUCUAAUUCUAAGAUUUUAAGCAUUAAAAAAUUAGAGAAAUAAAAUUGAUUAAGACAGUAGAGAAGAGGAAACUGUGAAUCGUAUUGUAACUCGGAAAUGUUAUGAAAAUGUCGGAAAAGCUCAUAAGCGCAGAGGAAGUCGUGAAGCAUACCACGUCUGAGAGUUGUUGGGUGGUACUAUAUGGAAAUGUCUACGAUGUAACCGAGUUCCUCCCUUCACAUCCGGGGGGUUCCAAGAUCAUCUUACAACUAGCCGGUCGUGAUGCCACAGAAGAAUACGAUCCCAUACAUCCCCCGGGAACAUUAGAAGAAAACCUCAAACCUGAAGCCAAGCUAGGCAAGAUUGAUCCUCAGACACUAGUCCGGACAACCAAGACAGCAGCCAAGGAAGAGAAGAAAGGUGUAAGCGCCGACGAGAUACCCCCAAUGGAGAGCCUCCUCAACCUCGACGAAAUCGAACAAGUCGCCACGAAGCGUAUGCCUGAGAAGGCAUGGGCCUACUACUACUCCUCUAGCGAUGACACUUUCUCAAAGUCCUUCAAUAACAAGGUGUACCGAGACAUCCUAUUACGCCCGCGCGUCUUCAUCGACUGCACCCGCUGCGACUCGAGCACCACUCUCCUAGACCAUAAAGUCGGCCUCCCGAUCUUCGUCAGUCCCGCUGCGAUGGCACGUCUCGGACACCCAGACGGCGAAGCUGGAAUCGCGCGUGCGUGCGCGAAGUUCGGCGCUAUGCAGGUUAUAUCUAACAACGCAUCCAUGACACCCGAACAAAUUGUCGCGGACGCGAAACCAGGGCAAAUGUUCGGAUGGCAGUUAUACGUACAAAACGACCGCGCGAAAAGCGAAGCCAUGCUCGCGCGCAUCAACCGCAUGCGUGACCGCUUUAAAUUCAUCUGUCUGACCCUCGACGCACCCGUCCCGGGAAAACGCGAGUUGGACGAGAAGCAGAACUUCAAGAACGCUGUUACAGUUGCCUCGGGCGUGAAGACUGCUUCUGAACCUAAUAGACCUGGUGGUGGGGGAGUUGGACAACAGUUAUUCUUUGGUACAGCAUCGGAUCUCACGUGGAAGGUUACCCUGCCUUGGUUGGCGAAACAUACUGAUUUGCCGAUUGUGUUGAAGGGUGUGCAGACGCAUGAGGAUGCGUAUUUGGCUGCGAAGUAUGCGCCUCAGGUCCGAGCGGUGAUUUUGUCGAAUCAUGGGGGAAGAGCAUUGGAUACGGCGCCUCCGGCUGUGCAUACGUUGCUUGAGAUUAGGAAGUACUGUCCUGAGGUGCUUGACCGUAUUGAGGUGUGGGUCGAUGGCGGGAUUAAGAGAGGUACGGAUGUGGUGAAGGCGUUGUGUCUAGGUGCUAAGGCUGUGGGAAUUGGUCGCCCGGCAUUGUUCGGUUUGGGGGCUGGGGGGCAGGCCGGUGUGGAAAGGACUUUGGAAAUUCUGAAGGCAGAGACGGAAACGUGCAUGAGGCUGCUGGGCGUGGAGAAAGUGAGCGAGUUGAGUCCGAGACAUAUUAAUUCUAGAAAGGUCGAGAGAGACAUCUUUGAGGGCGAUGCUGGAUUAGAGACCUUCGGGCUGUGGGAUAAGGUCAAAUCCAAGCUAUAAGCUGAGUUGCCUAUAUGUUUAACGAUUACUGUACUUGGUUAGAAGCGAUUUUCUCUGUUCUUUGGUACCGUUUUGGCCUCGGAUAGAUCCGGCAGCGUUCUGGUUGAGAAUAUCCCAUACAAAUAUUGCUCAUCAACACAGAGUUCCGCUCAUAACGUCACACUGUAUAAACUAGCCCUGGAAUAAUACCUCAAGUAGUAUUCGUUCGAACGAUCUGAUGUGUCACCAUUCCCUCGGGCUCAAUAGUUCAGUCCUUAAUAAC